AAGCUCCGUAGCCCCCCCUGGUGGUUGUAAGCCAGUGUGGCUAUGCGGCUAGGCAACAUCAAUGGGGACACAGUUUGACCUGACUCCACAUUUAAAAUCCGCUGAAGUUUGACAAGCCGUGGAGGUGGGCGGAGCCUUCCAGCACUCUUGAUGGAGGAAAAUAAGCCGGAGCUCUCCCCUACCCCCUCCGGACACAACAGCCCAUCCCUCUCUCUCUGCUCCUCUCCCUCCCCAUCGCUCCCCUCCACCCCGCCCUCGUCCUCAGGCCCUCACCAGGCAGGCACCCCCCCACUGGGGAUCAUUAAUGAGGGCACAAGCGAGCUGGGCUUGGUCAUUGACGCGGAGGUGGCUGAGCGGGCGUGCAAGGAAGUCCUGCACAAGCUCAAGCUGCGGCAUGGGGAUGCCACCCCCAAUGGGGGAGGAUCGUACCCGGAAACCGGCACCGCAGCACAUGCCGCUGCACCAUCGCCAAAGCUCAGGGAGGAGGAGGAUGACGACAGCGAGGGACCGGUAGAAAGCUCAGCAAAAAGCGCUCGGCGCCGCUACCGACACAACCCAUCUAAACAGUCAUGGCUGCUCCGUCUCUUUGAGUCCAAGCUGUUUGACGUCUCCAUGGCAAUAUCAUACCUGCACAAUUCCAAGGAACCUGGUGUCCAGGCCUACAUCGGAAACCGCCUGUUCAGCUUCCCUCAUGAAGACGUUGACUUCUUCCUUCCGCAGCUCCUCAAUAUGUAUGUGCACAUGGACGAGCAUGUGGGCGACGCCAUCAAGCCUUAUGUGGUGCACCGCUGCAGACAAAGCAUCUCGUUCAGUCUUCAGUGCGCUUGGCUGCUCGGCGCCUACUCGUCAGACAUGCACAUCUCCACACAGCGCCACUCUCGAGGCACAAAGCUGCGCAAGCUCAUCCUGUCGGACGAACUCAAACCCGCCGCCGUCCGGGCCCGCCGUGACCCUCUGACGCUGACGCCUUUCUGUCCCGCGCCGCCCCCUGCCACAGCCAUGGGAUGUGAGCACAGCCUGUCGCCCUCAAAACGCACGCAUCAGCGCUCCAAGUCGGACGCCACUGUCAGUAUCAGCCUCAGCAGCAACCUGAAGAGGACGGCCAGCAAUCCCAAAGUGGAGAGUAGCCAGGAUGAGGACAGCAGCUCCAGCUUGGACUUUGUUGACUUUGUGAGCAGCGCCCCGGUGCGUCUGGCCCCCCAGAGGGAGUUCAUCAAGUCGCUGAUGGGUAUCGGCAAGCGUCUGGCCACGUUGCCCACCAAAGAGCAGAAGACGCAGCGGUUGAUCUCAGAACUGUCGCUGCUCAACCACAAGCUGCCGGCGCGAGUAUGGCUGCCCACUGCCGCCUUCGAGCAUCACGUGGUCCGCGUACCACACACGCAGGCCGUGGUGCUCAACUCCAAGGACAAGGCUCCCUACCUCAUCUAUGUAGAGGUUCUGGAGUGCGACAGCUUCGAGACAUCCAGCGUACCCAUGCGGAUCCCUGAGAACCGCAUCAGGAGCACGCGCUCUGUGGAAAACCUGCCAGACUGCGGCAUGACUAUGGAGCAGCGAGCUGGCAGCUUCUCCACCGUCCCAAAUUAUGAUAACGACGACGAAGCAUGGUCUGUGGACGAUAUCAUCGAGCUGCAGGUGGAGUUGCCAGAGGUUCACGUGAGCAGUGACAACAUUAGUCAGUUUUCGGUGGACAGCAUCAGCAGUCUGGAGAGCAAAGAGCCCGUCUUCAUCGCUGCGGGAGACAUCAGGCGCCGUCUGUCGGAGCAGCUGGCCCAGACCCCCACCACUUUCAAACGCGACCCCGAGGAUCCAUCGGCCGUGGCCCUCAAGGAGCCCUGGGAGGAGAAGGUCCGGAGGAUCAGGGAAGGUUCUCCUUAUGGUCACCUUCCCGCCUGGCGCCUACUGUCAGUCAUUGUCAAAUGCGGUGAUGACCUGCGUCAGGAGCUGCUUGCCUUCCAGGUGCUGCAGCAGCUCAAGUCCAUCUGGGAGGCGGAGCGUGUCCCCCUGUGGAUCAAGCCCUACAAGAUCCUGGUGUUGUCUUCGGACAGCGGUAUGAUCGAGCCGGUGAUGAAUGCUGUGUCGCUGCAUCAGGUGAAGAAGCACAGCCAGCUGUCUCUGCUCGACUACUUCCUGCAGGAGCACGGCGCCCCCACCACUGAGGCUUUCCUGUCGGCCCAGAGGAACUUUGUGCAGAGCUGCGCUGGCUACAGCCUCAUCUGCUACUUGCUCCAGGUUAAGGACAGACACAACGGCAACAUCCUGUUGGAUGCUCAGGGUCACAUCAUCCACAUUGACUUUGGCUUCAUCCUGUCCAGCUCACCAAAGAACCUCGGCUUCGAAACGUCCGCCUUCAAACUCACAGCCGAGUUUGUGGAGGUAAUGGGCGGUCCAGACGGAGACAUGUUUAACUAUUACAAGAUGUUGAUGCUCCAAGGACUCAUUUCCGCCAGGAAGCACAUGGACCAUGUGCUGCAGAUUGUUGAGAUCAUGCAACAAGGGUCGCAGCUGCCAUGUUUCCAUGGCUCCAGCACAAUGCGAGGCCUGAAGGAACGCUUCCACAUGAGCCUGACGGAGGAGCAGCUGCAGGUUCUGGUAGAGCAGCUGGUGGACGGGUCAAUGCGCUCGCUCACAACCAAACUCUACGACGGCUUCCAGUAUUUCACCAAUGGCAUCAUGUGACCACUUCUUCCUGUGGCCGUCAGACUCUGCUUAGCCAAUCAGAGGGCAGCGUGCUUUUAUUGUGACAGGAAAAAGACUCCUAUGAAAGUCACCUAUGACCCUGAAAGAAGAACAUUCCAUUUAUCCAUACGAUGAUGACGAUUUCAUUCUCAGGUGCUUUUGAAAAUGACAAUUUUCCAAAUAAUAUGCUCAUGUGCUCAAGGCCUUGGGGGAGAUGUGUUAAGUGGAGAAUGAAACAUUCCUGACGUUUGUUGGUGGUGUGACGAGCCUCAAAACCGCUCUGCCUCAGUGAACUGCCAAACAAUGCGGCAGAGGCAUACCACUGUUGUAUGAAAACAGAUUUGUGUUUUUUGCAUUGGGACAUCACUGUCUUCAGGUCUGCUCUGGCCACUUUUCUACACAUGAAUCACUGGGAAGAUGAUGAAUCAUGGCUUUCAGAACAAAUGCACCACUGCUCACGGAAGCGCACCAAAAUAAAACUGGCAAUAUUAAAUAGCAUUU